GAGAGAGGUUGAGGGGCAGAGCCGAAGUAAAGGCAGUGUCGAGAGAGUCCACUGGUGUCGGGUUCUCCACUCCCGCCGCCGCCGACCUCGUCGCUGCUUCUGCUGCUGUAGCUUCUGCUGCCGCCGCCGUGUUCUCGUUGUUGCCCCGUGACAGUUGUGACGCCGCACACCUGCUCUCUCUCUUAUUUUCCCCAACCAUUACUACCUCCUCCUCCUACUCCUCCUCCUCCUCCUCCUCCUCUUCCUCCUCCUCAUCUAACUCCUUAAUCCUAUUUUUCGUCCCAUAUCCGAUAGGCGCGAUAUCAAAACAGAGAGAGAGAGAGAGAGAGAGAGAGAGAGAGAGAGAGAGAGAGAGAGAGAGAGAGAGAGGUUGAUUAAGUCUCUUCUUCUUUCCUCAAUCAAAAAUUUCCGGAGAAAUUAAGAAAUUAUUUCCAGUAUAUCGUGUUUUUGUUGUUGUUUAAACGAUCAACAUGUGGUAGAUGCACGACGGACGGUGCCUUACAAAUAAUACAAGUGACGUUUAUUUUAAACUUUUAGAAAUAAUGGAAUAAGUGAGAAAAUGCUACUACACGUAACAGUUUAAAAGGAUUUUGUGUUGUUUUUUGUCGGUUUGUUGUGGAGGGUCGGUUUCUCAGUGAUCCGCAGACUCUGAUUUCAUGUCUCUAGUGAAGUGCAGAAGGAAAUCCGGUAGAGAGCCGACGGCCAGUGUGAGGGGGCUAAGGGCCAGUCGAUGGUCCGUCCCCCUCAUUACCGCGAUUUCGGCAACAACGUGCGCCCCCCAUCCGUAAGUCGUUCUUAUGCCCUCUCUCUUUUAUGUUCCGCUUCGUGUCCUUACAUUUUGUGGUUCAGUGGAACUUCAGUGUGAUUCAGUGAUAUCAAUGAUUUUCUAAAAAAAAAAUUAAAAAAAUUAAAAACAAAACUGGAAUUUGUUGGAAAAAGUGAGGACUCUAAAUUUAGCAAUUCGCGAGCGGCAGCAGGAACAGCCUCGGAGACGACCGUGUGUUUCGAAAGAGCAAUGACACGAUCUUCACUUCGUCUCCCUCAGUCCGAUUAGACCGCGCGAGCGACUGAACGUUGUUCGAAAUGAGCGCCCUUGGGAAGAGCCGGAAGGUGGAGGGCGAGCAGUUCCUCGGACGAGGGGGCUGAGAGACCACGUGUGGGUUGGCUCCUGAUCCGAAAAGAGACCCACACACGGAGAGCCGGGGGGGCAUCUCUUUCGCGGGCCCCCCUCUCCGCGACAAUGCCUCUGAGAUCGCCGUCGUCGCCAGCACUCCUUCCUCGUGAUUUCUCAAAGGGCCGUUGCAGGCAUGACCCUCCCGACGCGGCGCCGCCGCCGCCAGCCUCCCCAGAUGACCUCCGAAAGCUCACUCGUGUCGCCGCCGCGGUGCCGGCGGAGCUGCUACGGCCGUUAUCGCCACCGACGGCUGCUGACGAUGAUGGCUGGUGGCACCGCGACCACGUCGCCAUGACAGCCCGAGGAGGACGUGAUGAUGAGAGACACUUAUCUCCGGUCCCCCAGUCGUCACCACCUCUACCCUCAUCACCACCAUCCUUAUCACCACCUCCAUCAUCCCCGUCAUCGUCAUCACCAUCCUCAUCGUCGUCAUCAUCAUCACCACCACCACCACAAUCGUCAUCACCACCACCACCACCACCCACAAUACCCAAUGAGGGCACGUAUCUGAGUGGAGGCUGGAGGGGUCGUGCCCAGGCCCGGAGGAUCUUGCCUCCUUCGAGGGAGAGUAGGACAUUUCGCAUCCCUCGGCUCCAGUGGAAAGGCGGGGGAGGAGGGAGAGGAGUAGAAGGAGGAGGAGGAGGAGUAGGAGGAGGAGGCAGAAGGCGGCACAGACACAAACUCAAAGGCUUCAGGAAUGACGACCCGAAGGAGAAAGGGAUGAGCAUAUGGCCCUCUGCUGCAGCUGCUGCAGCUGCUACAGCUGCUACAGCUGCUCGUAGCAGCAGCACCAGCAGCAGCAGCAGCAGCAGCCCCGGCCCCAGCCCCUCAGGUCGGGGGCCGAAGGGCAGAGGCCUGAUGAUGCUCACUCUGAUCCUCCUGGUGGCGCUGACGAGGAGGACCCAGGCAGGCAACCCGGACAAAAAUAAGAUGGUGAAGAUCGACGGGGACGUGAUCUUCGGCGGGAUGUUCCCUAUGCACGAGCGGGGGCUGGAUGAGCCCUGCGGGAGCAUCAAGGAAGAGAAGGGCAUCCAGAGGAUGGAGGCUAUGCUCUACGCCCUCGACAAGAUCAACCGCGAUACCGUCCUUCUGCCCAACAUCACCAUCGGCGCCCUCAUCCUCGACACCUGUUCCUCUGACACCUACGCCCUCGAGCAGUCCAUGGAGUUCUUCAGGUCGUCCCUCAGCCAGAAGGACGCUUCGGACUUCAAGUGCAAAGGCGGCAAGAAGCCCAUCUACAACCCGCCCAAACCGGUCAUCGGAGUCAUAGGGGCGGCGUCAUCCUCGGUCUCCGUUAUGAUCGCCAACAUACUACGCCUCUUCAAGAUUCCGCAGAUCAGCUACGCCUCCACCUCCACCGAGCUCUCGGACAAAUCUCGGUUCGAGUACUUCAGCCGCGUCGUUCCGCCGGACAACUUCCAGGCGAUGGCCAUGGUGGAAAUGGUACGCGCCCUCGACUGGCAGUACGUUUCCACGCUGGCUGACGAAGGGGACUAUGGUGAAAAGGGUAUUGCUUCGUUCAGCAAGUUAGCCCAGCAGUUCGGAAUAUGCAUAGCUGUCGUAGAGCGAAUCCAGAGAAUUACGAAACCUGAGGACUUCGAUCACAUCAUUGACAGACUCUCCACUAAACCCCAGGCGAGGGUCGUGAUUAUGUUCGUCGACGAAGACAACACAAGGAGGGUAUUGGCAGCAGCGGUAAAGGCGGGCAAGACCGGUCACUUCCUGUGGGUGGGCAGCGACUCCUGGGGAGCCAAGAUCCACCCAGUGAGAGACCAGGAGGAGGCUGCCCUGGGGGCCAUCACCAUUCUGCCCCAGAAAAAAACUCUGAAAGGAUUCGACGAAUACUUCCUCUCCCUACGCCCCAAGAAGCGGGGAACGAUCUGCGGUUCCCCGAACGACAUCGACGGGGGAGUGAGGAACUGUCGCAACGUGUGGUUCAAGGAGUUCUGGACGCAGCACUUCAACUGUACCUUCAGGGACCCACUGCCCCCCGGGAGGCGCGGCUGUACCGGCACGGAGACCAUCACCCACGAACAGGAGGGACUCGUGCCUUUCGUCGUGGAUGCCGUAUAUGCAAUGGCGCACGCCUUCCACAACCUCCUGCUGGAGAAGUGCAACGAGCUGGUCCUGUGCGACGGCGUCCUUCCAGCGCCCUCUGGACAGGACAUGCUCUACUCCAUCAGGAACGUCUCCUUCAUUGGUCAACAAGGAAGGGAGGUCAAAUUCAACACGGACGGCGACGCCCCUGGAAGUUACUUCAUCUACCAGUACCAGAAGGUCUCCCAAAACUCCUACGACUACGUCCUCAUCGGCAGCUGGACUGAGAGUGCAACGAGAGGGCAUCCGAUGAGGCACGAGGCCCACAGGCAACAACACAGGAGGAGCAGCUUACAACUGAACACCUCUCGUCUGGAAUGGUCCGGAUACCGGGGGAACGAGUCCAUCCCGAUGUCCAUCUGCUCAUCCCAGUGUCCCACGGGCUUCAUCAGGAACUACCAGGACUCCUGCUGCUGGAGCUGCGUGCCGUGUCCUGAGGACUCCAUCAUCUACAACGACACGUGCAGACCCUGCGACCUCGGCUGGGCACCGACCUCGGAUAAGGUCUCCUGCUUCAAGCUGGCACCCGAGCACAUCACCUGGGACUCGGCGUGGGCCAUCGUGCCCCUGGCAUUCAGCUCCCUAGGCCUACUGUUCACCCUCCUGACGACCAUCACCUUCAUCCGCUACAACACGACUCCGGUCAUCAUGGCCAGCGGCAGGGAGCUGUGCUACGUCCUCCUGGCGGGCAUCGCCCUCUGCUACCUCAUGACCUUCGUGAUCCUCGCCCCGCCUUCUACCUCCACCUGCGCCCUCCUCAGGAUCGGCCUGGGCACGGGCCUCUGCAUCUGCUACUCGGCCAUCUUCACCAAGACCAACAGGAUAUCCAGGAUCUUCAACAGAGGCAUGAAGUCCAUCAAGAGACCUUCCUACACGUCGCCCAGGUCCCAGAUCGUCAUCUGCAUGGGCCUGGUGGGCGUGCAGCUGGUCGGAGUGGUGGCGUGGAUGUUGGUGGAAUUCCCCACCACCAAGGAGGUCUACCCGUACCGCCUGGUGGCCGUGCUGACCUGCGGCAUCUCCAACAUCUCCCUCAUCCUGUCGCUGGCCUACAACAUGGUGCUGAUCCUGCUCUGCACCGUCUACGCUUUCAAGACUCGGAAGAUUCCCGAGAACUUCAACGAGGCCAAGUACAUCGGCUUCACCAUGUACAGCACCUGCAUUGUCUGGCUGGCUUUCGUGCCCAUCUACUUCGGAACCAAUAACGACUACAAGAUCCAACUGGCGAGCAUGUGCAUGUGCGUCAGCAUCAGCGCGUCCGUCUCCCUCGGGUGCCUCUUCACGCCCAAGGUCUACAUCGUCAUCUUUCAGCCUUACAAGAACGUUCGACAGGGCUCUGGCCCCGUCGUUAAGGGUUCUCAGUGCAAGAGCAUGCGUUUCACCUCGAGGUCCCAGACAGCGCAAUCUGUCCUGUCCACCAACCAUUCCAGCAUCCCGGCGCCUCCCCCAUCCACUAUAAGCCAGCACGUGAAUGGUGAUUCUCUGACAGUGACGACCCCGAGUGUAGACGAGAGUUCGAUAACCUAGGGACGGCGAGAGGUGUUGCUCUAACUGGAGACGCACCUCAAGGCGGGGUUAAUCAGUGCAUUGUAAGCACUGCCGUUGUGACGGCUCAUCAAGAGUCCAAUGAAGUACAGAGGCCAGGCGUUUCGUUCGUGAAGGUGUCCGAUCUGAGUAGUUGUGGUGCUAGUUUAGGCGAGACCUUGAGUGUGGUGGAGGAGUGCGAGCUGGAAGAGGAGGAGGAGUCGCCCUUCGAAGACCAGGAGGACGACUUGGAAGGCUGCUACUACGACGAGGUUGAGGUUGAGGAUGAGGAUGAGGAGGAGGAGGAGGAGGAUGAGGAAGAGAUGCACGAGAUGGAAGAAGUGGUAAGUAGCUGCGAUGCACUUAAGGUUAACUCAACACUCAAAAAGAAGAAGACCUCCGCGGACGAAUCGACUUAUCUGUAAUUCCGUAGUUCAACAAGUGCCGCGACCAUCUGAGGGUGGAAGGGUACUGGCAGGCGGAGAUUGCCAGUAAGCUCCUUCCACCUUGUCAUUGGCAUUUGAGGAACUCUGAACCCUGCCAUGAAGAUUGUCUCCAGGAAGGCUACACCUCGAGAUUAAUGCAAAAAACUGCCAUCUAAUGCUUAUUUCAAUAAAUGCUCCCUUGAAAAAAAUAAAUAAACGUUUCUACUGCCAUUGUCGGUCAGGAAAUCUACAAAAUCCUACCGGGCGCAGAACAGGCACUUCAGAGGGCCGCUAAGUAACCAGGGUGGGACCUCACCAAGCCCUUCUGGGGCGGUGGGGGGGAGCCCCUCGCUUCGGUUUCUCCGAAGUACAUGAGCUGACCCCUGUCUGUUAUCAAAACGUACCUAUUUCAGAAUGUUACUUAUUUCGUUGUACUUUGGAUAUUUACUUCUGUAAAUGGUGCUGAAUAUAGCUAUUUUAUAAACUUACCCAACUGGUGUUAAGGAUGAAAAGACCCUUUUGUUGUGUAGUAGGCAGCGUCCUACUUUUUAUCAGCCAGUGAUCAUUCGCUCAACUAACUACUACUUACGACUUAACCUCCUCUGGCCUUGGAUAGACCAAGGAAGACAGACAGUAGGCUUAGCAGCCGCUGGAAGGAAGGAAGGAAGGACGGAAGGCUUCGGAGCCAUACUAUAGAGUCGCGCACCAGCGGUCUUUUAGAAAAGGAGUACUGUAAGCUUCCUUGCUGUCCUCCGGUCAGAGCAUUUUUAUUAACAAUAUUUUCAUCGUUGCAAAAUGUAGUCCUUUCUCCUUCCCGUUUAUUUGUAUUUUAUGUAGAGGAUAGAAAGCGAAAAAAAAAAUUAAUUAAAUAAGAAGUGAUCUAGAAUGACACUUGACAUUCCCUCUGUGUGGUAUGUUUGGUAUGUUUGUCCGUCUGUGUUUAAGGAUAAACAAACCGAUAGUUUAAAACAAAAUCAAAUUAACUCUAGUCUUUCUAGAUAACUGUUUAAAAAAAAACUCCCGAUAUAAAUCGCUCCCCUUCCCCCAAAAAAACCCUCUCCUUCCUAAAAUACAAAAAUAUAUGAAUAUAUAUAUAUAUUUAAAAAUGCAGUAUAUAUAUACAUAUAAGAUUUGUUUAAUAUUGUUGAGAACUUAGGUUAAAUAAAAGAUAUAUUGAAGCUUCUUGUAAUUCUCAAAAAAAAUAAUUAUUAGUCUUUUUAUGAUAUUUAGAAUAAAGUGUACCCCCAAAUAAAAUACCCAGCCCCCCCUCCCUCUGAGUCCUUGUGAUACUUUGCUAUUAAGAUCAUAGGUAAAUGCCCAUACCGUCUGUCUUAUGCCCCGAGAACCAACCUCGUUGACCCUAUACCCGUGGAAGCCUGAGUCUCGGAGAAGUGAAAAAACAGGGUAUAUAAUUCAGUCGCCCAAGGCUAUGUGCCCGCUUGCCAAGGGUGUUGAAAGGUGUAAGAAAGUCAAAACAAAACCGAGGACGACUGUAACAGCGUUUGUCGGAACGACAAAAACAAAAAAACAAAAACAAAAAAACACAAAAAAAACGACAAAAACCCAAAAGGCGACCGGGAUGUAUGCCAGACGGUGUACAGGUCACGUGAUUCUAACAUCCUUCGUCGUUGUAAACAUCUCAAGUCUUUGACCAUAUCAUGCAUUUCUAAGCGCCGAGUGUUGUUGGUGAUGAUGCUGCGUGCAUGUGUGUGUGUGUGUGUGUGUGUGGGCGCGCACGAGUGCUUGCGCACGUGCGUGAAUGCCUGUUGUGUGUGUAUGUAUAAAGGCGUCCCCUAUCCAUCGACUCAUAUUUAUAUGCCGCCGUCAUUUGUACUUCAGUCCAUUUCCUUAAUUCAUGAUCUCAUCAACUUAAUCCAUUACGUCAUUAACUAACUCCAUUACGUCAUUAACUCACUCCAUUUCAUCAUUAACUGACUCCACUUCGUCAUUAACUCACUCCAUUACGUCAUUAACGACUCCACUUCGUCAUUAACUGACUCCAUUACGUCAUCGUCAUGAAACCAUUACUCGAUGAUCACGCUACGUCUGUUCCUGUUGGGUGCAUCAACCAUGAUUCCCUUGAUUGAUUGAUUUAAUAGUCCAAACUGGCGUCACCAAAACCUAUGCCAUCGAACACGAUACGUGAGCAGAUGUUCAAAGAGGACAAAUCAUUCACAAAUAAGAAAUGCUGUAACUUCCUCAAAUUUGAAUCUUCAGAGUUAAUGGCCAAGUGUUGCGGGACUUUCAAAGGUCAGCCCAUCUUUAGUAAAGAGGUUUAUAGCUUGAAAAUUCAACCGGGGAAAAAAUAUGUGUCCAUUUUCAGAUAAUUUACGUUAUCGUCACCAGACGCCGAAGUUUUUCUCGAAAUCAUAACUCAAUGAACCUAUCAUAAAGGUUUCAUUACGCUUCCCAAACUAGUAUCUACCUCAGGCAAUUAUCAAACUGCUUUGUAAUGGUGAUCAAAAUCAGGUUGCGUUUUUCCAACGCAGGCAUCAAAGGCAACUUACAAAAGACAAAUAAGAGGCCUGGUAUCAACCAAACAGUAUAUACCUUUCAGUAACCAUCAUAAGAGCUAGUGGGAAUGCCCCCCGCUCUUUUAAAAGUCUCUACUGUACUUCAUAUUCUCUCUUUGUCCAUCACAUGCCUCAAGACUUGCAACUGGUUCUUGUCUAUCUGAGCAAUGAAGAAAACAAGAGACAGUCACUUAGUGAUUCUCAUUCAUUCAUUCUGUUGACCGCCUCACCUUUUAGAACGGGACUCACUGCUGCUCACACUAGAACCUUCAGGUCUGUUGUUUAACGCAGACUUGAAUUUUUAAAAGGUUAAUUUUAAUGCUUCGAUGUAAAAUAUAAUCAAUUCAUAACUAUUUUUUUAAACUACAAACUCGAUGUCCCACCUCAAUCAAAAAUGAAAGUAAUCUUCACUCUCAAUCCCUCUCUAUCUCUCUCUUUUGGUAUAAUACUCUCACCCACCCGAGGUCAGAUUAUACCGCCAUAUUUGCUUUCCUUUGACCAAUGCAUCCUAACAGGGCAGCACGCACAUCCUACAGGCUACACGAAGCGUUGCAUCCUUUUCAAAUGUUCAUCAUGCACCGCCAUUUUGUAUCCCAUUCCACUCCAUAUGUCAGAUCAAUUAUUAUCCAUUUUUCCCUUCACUCCAUCGUCCAUUCCAUUCGCCCUAUAAUCGCUCCAGUGUCUCAUUCAAGUCACACCUCAUUCAUUCUUACCCCAUCUUAUGCCCAUCGAAGUCAUCUUUCCCAUUUGUAAUCUCACAUCCUCAUCACGGUCAUCUUUCUCAUUUGAAAACCACAUUCGCAUGGAGGUCAUCUCCCUCAUUUUAAUCUCAUACCCUCAUUGACGCCAUCUUCCUCGUGAUUACCUCCCACACACAUCAAGCUCAUCUCUCUCAUCUUUCUACCCUCAUGCGCACUUCCUCAUCGCCCACACUUCCGGAAGGAUCCUUCCAUCCUCCCGCCACUUACUUAGGUAAUUUUAAGCCAUUCUCGUAUCAGACGUGUCUGACUCGUGAACGUUUCAGUGACGUCACCUGACCUGAAUUCGCGUCCGGCUCUGAGCCCUAUACUCCCGCGUCCCCUUUGACCUCUCGUGACCCAACUCAGAAAGAAAGAAAGAAUGACCCUACUUGCCCUCACUAGCGAACUAUGCUGUGUAAGGUCCUGGAAAUAAUUCUAAAAAAUACACCAAUCAUGAAAGACGAAAGAGCGGAAACUGGAAGCCCACGGCAACUGCUCUUGAACGCUUAAUCAAAAUGCAUCAAAAACAAAAACAAAAAUAGAUAAAAAAAGAGACUAUGGAUAAACGUGAAAUCAAGCAAUCACUAAUGUUAUUGUGAUCAAAUGUUAUUCAUCAAAAGUGUUGACAGUUCUAAAAAAAAAAUAAACAGACAACAUAAUUUAGUCAUCUGCUUCUGGCUUUCUAACAGACGCACAAGUUGCGUCUCUCUUGAAGCAUCUUCAAUUUAAAUGUUUUGAUGUUCGAUUUCAUCUACCUAAAAAAAUCCUUACUAAAAUAACAAAAAAAAAUGAUGACAAACACAUUUAGACCAACGGCAAAUAAAAGAAAAACAAACAAGAUCGCUGGUACGGAGAAUGAAAAGAGAACGUAAAAAAACAACUUAAAAUACAGACUUAGAUGACCCAGCCCUUCAGUAGCACUUGUGUACAUAAAGCUGUACAGAGACGUGUGUAAUGUUACCAAUAAUAAAAAAAAAAUAACAUCAA